AGACGAUCUAUUACUCUGCCCAAGAUUUAUUCUCAGAGGAGUGAUAUGUACCACUACUUAGGUUAUGCUCCCAUUCAUGGUGAUUACAAAGUUUUGUGUAUGACUAAAGGAAUGAAUAUUGGUUGGCGACGUGGUUUAGCUGAGGACCUUCGGGUUUUGACAUUGGGAAAUGGGAGCUCUUGGAGGAUGAUUGAAGAUUUCCCUCCUCACGCACCUGAGUCUCUUGAUCUAUGCAUUGAUGGUGUGAUAUACUAUGAAGCUUAUCUUGAAACAUAUCCAGCUUUUCUCGACAAAGAUAAAGCAGUCAUGAGUUUUGAUGUUAGGUCUGAAAAGUUUCAUCUUAUAAAAACACCAGAAACUGCUCUGUUUACAAAGCUGAGGGGAAACAUGAAUGGUGAGUUUGUUUUGGCACCAGAAACAAUGUUUCAUGAACCACCAUUUUAUGUUCUCUAUUAUGAUCCCAAGAAAAAUGCUGUGAGAAGAGUCUUCAUAGAAGGAAUCACGGAACUAAAGCUUUUACGGUGGGAUAGCCAUUUGAACCGUCGUGUAAUCUCUAUCUUCCCUGGUCAGGUUGAGAACCUCAUGUUUCUCUAACGAGUGCUCGCUCGUUGUUCAAUAGACUAGAAGACGGUAGUUUCACGGUUUUCGUGAUCAUCAUCAUGGAAGCAUUUGUUCUGAAUUCAGUUGUAGUUGAGUUUCAUCUUGUUACUUGGGAUCAGUGGCUAGCAAGAUAAAACAUACAUGAAUAAAAAAGGCACCUACAC